CCCAGGUCCCCAGCCAGAAACGGCGCCCCCUCCCCAUCCCCAAGACCCCAACUCACUCUCCAGUCUCCAUCUCCCGCUCCGCUCUCACCUCCCUACCUCACUCACCGGUCACCGCCAAACACAACGGCAGCCAACGGAGGUCAGUCCCUGCGCCUCGCCGUCACCGUAGGCUCCUCUGCUGGUGCGUCCUCCGUGACUGUGCUCUGCUCGUUGAGUUUACAGGUGGAAGUGAGAGGUUACUGCUGGUUAUUGCGUAAACCCAAAACCCGCCACACUUCUCAUCUCUAUCUCUUCUCUGUUAGCGUUCAUCAUCUGCUUCUCUCAGCCGCUGCUUCUUCUCUUGCCACCGCUCUGCUGUUCUUCGUUGCCAGAAGCGUGGUUGUUUGGACCACAAGAAGUAGUGUGUUAAAUCCUGGGCCAACAUGGCUACCCAGACAAUGUCUGAAACUGCCCAGAAAAUUGUCACUCCUGAAACCCUCCGCUAUGCAGCCAAACAAUCUGAACGUUGCCUUGUUGUCCCUCUUCGUCUUCGCCGUGCCAUUAAGAAAUACCUUCGAGAGCAGGAGGAUCCACAUAUGAAGAGGAAAGUGUUGAGAUUAUCUCAAUCUUUCAAUACUAUCAAGAAUGUCAACCUGCAGCUGGCCACCACUACAUCAAAGGAGAUAGUUGAAGACCCUUUAAAGUCUUUCGAACAAUCAAAGCGUUGGAAGAUCAAGAGUUCUUAUGGCGACAUCGGUCUGUCAUACAGGGAUGAUGAGACGGUUGCAUAUGUCGCUUCUCGCAUGCCUGCUGUUUAUUCAGCUUGUUACAGAGUACUUAAGGAGGUUCGUAGAAGGCUUCCUGGUUUCUCCCCAGCCAAGGUAUUAGAUUUUGGUGCUGGGACAGGUUCAGCUUUCUGGGCACUGCAAGAAGUCUGGCCAAAAUCUAUGCAAAAAGUUAAUCUAAUAGAACCAUCGCAGUCAAUGCAGCGUGCAGGUCGAAGUCUUAUACAAGGUCUCAAGAAUUUGCCACUUAUUCAUAGUUAUGAUAGCAUUCAAGCACUUUCCAAAAGUAUUGGGAAAUCAGAGAGAGGGCAUGACCUUGUGAUUGCUUCCUAUGUGCUUGGAGAGAUCCCAUCACUACAAGAUCGAAUUACCAUAGUUCGCCAGCUUUGGGAUCUAACACGGGAUGUUCUGGUUUUGAUUGAACCUGGAACACCUCAUGGAUCCAAUAUUAUUGCUCAAAUGAGAUCUCACAUAUUAUGGAUGGAAGAAAGAAGACACCGUAAAUCGAGUCUUAAAAAUGAAGAAGCUUGUAAAGAUUUGAUGACUCAGAAAGCUGGGGCUUUUGUGGUUGCUCCUUGUCCUCAUGAUGGGACUUGUCCGCUGGUAAAAUCUGGAAAAUAUUGUCAUUUUGUUCAGCGGAUGGAAAGGACGUCCUCACAGCGUGCUUACAAGCGUUCAAAGGGUGAGCCUUUACGCGGCUUUGAAGAUGAAAAAUUUUCCUUUGUUGCUUUCAGACGAGGACAAAGACCAAGGGAACCUUGGCCCCUCGAUGAUAUAAAACUCGAGACUCUCAAGGAGCAGCAUGAUAAAAGAAAUCCAGAGGACCUUGAGAUUGAUUAUGAGGAUUGGUUGAAAAUGCAAGAAGCUGAUGAUACCCCUCAUGAAGUAGUGAAUGCGAUAACUUAUGAUUCUGAUGCUGCGGAAACUGACAAGGAUGAUGGUGAUGAAGACGAAGAGUUCAAGGAAGCAGAGGAAGAAACAGAUAGCGCUGAUCUUGGAGGCGGUUGGGGAAGAAUUAUAUUUAUGCCUGUGAGGUGAUCGCAUUGUUGUUACAAAGAGCAAGAAUCCUACAUUACAUCAUCAAGCCAAAAGAUCUAUUUGGGGUGACCUAUGGCCAUUUUGAAGCAAGCAUUAUGUGGGCUGUGUUCAAUUCUCUCUGUUUCAUUUCUUGGAGUUUUGGCCUUUCAAUUGGAAUAUAGAUUAAAUUACAGCAUUUUACAAAGCAAAAGAUUCAAAUCAACCUUCUUCCUUGUAAUAAACCAGUUAAUGCAUGUUAACAAUUUUGAUACUUGUAAAAGAGAAAUGCUGGCUGUAUUCAUGGGUCAAUAUUUAGGCUCAUACAUUAUCUACUAUUGAGUUAAGCUCACAUAACUCUCGGUGACCAAAAAAAUAAAAAAGCUCACAUAACUCUCCUUUAGCAUGA